AUGGCACCGAGAAUCAAUCUCCCUCCCGUCACCCGCAUCCUCCUAGGGGUCCUCGUGGCCCUGACCCUGCUGUACAAUAUUGCGCGAUGGAGAGUCUCACAACCUGAUUCCAACGCGGCAACGCCCAGUCCUACGACCACGAGACCUAUUAUCCCCUAUCUCGCUCUCGUCCCCUCGCAAUGUCUGUGGUAUCCUUGGACAUUCCUUAGCGCAACCUUUGCGGAACAAAAUAUCUUGACAUUGUUGGUCAACGGAGUGAAUGUUUUCUUUGGAGGGAAAUACCUUGAAAGAGCCUGGGGCUCCCAGGGUUUCAUUUAUGUCAUUCUAAUUGCAACGGCGAUACCGAACCUCUUGGUAGUCCCGACAUAUCUGGUUUGGGCGACUAUAACGGGCAACCCGGCGAGAGCUUCGACACCCAUCAAUGGCGGCGUUGCGAUACAGGCGGCCUUCCUCGUGGCUUUCAAGCAGUUGGUCCCCGAGCAUACUGUGAGCAUAUACAAAGGCAUGAUUAAGAUGCGGGUCAAGCAUUUCCCGGCAGUGUUCCUCGCCGUCAACACGCUCUCUGGGCUCCUUCUGGGAACCGAUACAGCUCUGUUUCUAGCCUGGUAUGGGCUCAUCACGACGUGGACCUAUCUUCGAUUUUUCAAACGCCAGCCCGACCUUUCAGGCACCACUACAGACGGGUCAGAAUUGAAAGGAGACGCCAGCGAGACCUUUGCCUUCGCCACUUUCUUUCCUGACUUGAUGCAGCCGCCAAUCGCGGCACUGUCCAAUCAGAUCUUCGACCUGCUGUGCAAGCUCAAAAUAUGUACUCCAUUCUCCGACGAAGCGAUCGCUACGGGCAACGAACAGGCUGCGGCUCGCGGCGAAGGUGGUCUGCCGAGCUUUCACAAGCAAGGACGAGGAGCAAGGGGGUUGAGUAAACGAGAGGAAGCAGAACGACGGCGAGCUCUGGCCCUCAAAGCACUAGAUGAGAGGCUCAAUGCCGCCAGCAAUCGUCCACCAACGCAACCACCCCCAGCAAGUGCGCCUAAUCUACCAAAAGGACAAGAAAUGCUGGGCCAGACAGAUUAUCGACCUGACGAAUGA